UAAUAACAAUUUUUGCGUCGUCUCGCCUCGUAUUUGUUUGCAGUUUUUAAUUUCUGUGUGCGCAAAAAAGCGCGAAGAAUGCAAUUAUAAAAUAAAAACAACAAAAGCAAAUUAACAAUUGCAGUUGCAAUAACUAAAUCAACAAUAACAACAAAAACAACAAGUGUUUUGUGAAUGCCAAAGCAAGCAGCUAAUAACAAAAAGAAACCAAGCCCAUGCAAUAAUAACUACAACAAAAUAAAAUUAGUAAUAGCAGCAGCCGCAGCAGCAGCAGCAGCAGCUGCGUCAUCAACGGUUGCGUCGACGCCGGCUUUGGCAUCAUUAGUUUUACUUGAUCUUGCUCAGUUACCUGUCAAACAGGUUUUGAGACAGCAACAACAACAACAACUACUACUACAAGAAGUAGAAGAAGCAGAAAGAGCCGCGCGCGUCGCUUAAAAAGGUUUUUACGACUUGCUGUCUGUGUGUGCGUGCGUGUGUAAAUACUUGCAAGUGUAUUUACAGCUUCUUGGAAACCUUUCAAGCGUCGAGAGUUGUCGUCGCGCCUGCAUAUGCGACAACAACAACAGUGAUUGCAACAACAACAACAAUAGAGAAGCAAGCGCAAAGCAAACGAAGCGCUUAUAACAGUGAAUGUGUGUGUGUAAGUGUGUGCAAGCGGAGAUUGCAGGCCAAAAGAAAAUGCUUGAGGUUUAAGACCGACCUGGCCAACAGCAACUUAGCCAAACGCCAUCUUGAAUUUUGAGAUUUGGUGUUUUUGUUGUUGCCGUAAAGUGCGUGCAUUUGAUUUUUUCGGUUUUUUGCGUUUAUGUUGCUGUGCAAUGUUUUAUUAAAAAAACAAUGUGGCGCAACAAAGAGUAGCUGAGCGGCAGCGGUAACGGUAGCAACUUUUACCGUUUACUGUUUGCACAACAAUAACAAUUCGCAAAAGAAAUAAUAACAACAAACAAAAACCAACAACAAAGUAAAAUAAGUGUGGGGGAAACAGCGCAAAAAGUUUACACGACGACGACGACGACGUCAACUGCAGCAGCAGCAAUACUAAAAACAACAACAACAACGAAUUAGACAAGCGACAAGAUGGGAACAACAACAAAAGCAACGACGACAGCGUUAAAAUGCAGACGAAGCACAACGCAAAGCAUUUGGAAAUUAUUUUUAAUCGCAUUGACAACCAUCAGCUUGCUCAGCUGUCUGGCUCUGGCUGAUGAGUCCAUCGAUACGCGUGAGAAUGCGGAUUUGGUGCUGAAGUGUCGCUUCAGCGAGAAAUACGAGGCGGAUGAUUUCUCCUAUUUCUGGACACGCUCCGUUUCGAAUCCGGCGCAAUUCGAUAACGUGGCCAUUGGCGAGGUGCAAUUGAGUUCCGGCUAUAGUCUUGACUUUCAUCCGGAGCGCGGCAUUUACGAUCUGCAGAUCAAGAAUGUUUCAUAUAAUCGUGAUAACGGUCGCUUCGAGUGCCGCAUCAAGGCCAAAGGCACCGGCGCCGAUGUGCAUCAGGAGUUCCAUAAUCUCACCGUACUGACGCCUCCGCAUCCACCGGUAAUCUCACCCGGCAGCAUUGCCGUUGCCACCGAGGAUAAGCCCAUGGAGCUAACCUGCAGCAGCAUUGGCGGCUCACCCGAUCCCACCAUCACUUGGUAUCGCGAGGGUACCAAUGCUCCGUUGCCAGCGACUGUGCUCUAUGGCGGCACCAAGGAUCAACCCACCAAUGCCACAUUGUUGAUAACGCCAAGACGUGAAGACGAUGGUGCAAGAUACAAGUGUGUGGUGCGCAAUCGCGCCAUGAACGAGGGCAAGCGCCUGGAGGCUGUCACCACAUUGAAUGUCAACUACUAUGCGCGCGUUGAGGUCGGACCGGAGAAUCCACUGCGAGUGGAACGUGACCGCACUGCCAAAUUGGAGUGUAAUGUGGAUGCGAAACCGAAAGUGCCGAAUGUGCGCUGGACACGCAAUGGUAGCUUCAUUAGCUCAUCCCUGGUGCACACCAUACAUCGGGUGAGCGUGCAGGAUGCGGGCAAAUAUACGUGCAGUGCCGACAAUGGACUGGGCAAGGCGGGCGAGCAGGAGCUCAUCUUGGACAUACUGUAUCCACCCACUGUCGUCAUCGAGUCGAAGACGCGCGAGGCCGAAGAAGGCGAAACGGUCAACAUACGCUGCAAUGUCACCGCCAAUCCCUCACCCGUGACUAUCGAAUGGUUGAAGGAGGGUGCACCCGAUUUUCGCUAUAGCGGCGAUGUCUUGACGCUCGCUUCGGUGCGCGCCGAACACGCCGGCAAUUAUAUUUGUCGCGCUGUCAACAUUAUGCAGAGUCAGGGCCAAGAGCGCAGCGAGCGUGUGGGCAACUCCACGGUCGCCCUGUUGGUGCGUCAUCGUCCUGGUCAGGCUUACAUUACACCCAACAAGCCGGUGGUGCAUGUGGGCAAUGGUGUAACCCUUACCUGCUCGGCUAAUCCUCCUGGCUGGCCUGUACCCCAAUACCGCUGGUUCCGCGACAUUGAGGGUGAGUUCAGCAGCAAUCAGCAGAUCCUUGCACAAGAUCCACACUACAAUAUACCCAAGGCUCAUCUCGGUAAUGAGGGUCAGUAUCAUUGUCAUGCUGUCAACGAACUGGGCAUAGGCAAAAUGGCUACCAUUAUGUUGGAAAUCCAUCAGCCACCUCAGUUCCUAGCCAAGCUGCAGCAGCACAUGACGCGACGCGUAGCGGAUACAGAUUACACAGUCACCUGCAGCGCUAAGGGCAAACCCGCACCCAGCAUCAAGUGGCUCAAAGAUGGCGUUGAAAUUCUACCCGAGUUAAAUCUCUAUGAGGUCAAGACGAAUCCCGAUCAGGGACCCAAUGGCAUGGUUACGGUGCAAAGCAUGUUGAAGUUCCGCGGCAAGGCGCGUCCUGGUGGCAAUCAGUUGGUGCCUGGCGAUCGUGGUCUCUACACUUGUCUCUACCACAAUGAAGUCAACUCGGCCAAUUCCUCGAUGCAGCUGCGCAUUGAGCACGAACCCAUUGUACUCCAUCAAUACAACAAGGUUGCCUUUGAUAUACGCGAAACCGCCGAGGUGGUUUGCAAGGUGCAAGCUUAUCCCAAGCCUGAAUUUCAGUGGCAAUUCGGCAAUAAUCCCUCGCCGCUAAGCAUGUCCUCCGAUGGUCACUACGAGAUCAGCACCACCACCGACAGCAAUGACAUUUAUACCUCAGUGCUGCGCAUCAAUUCGCUCACACAUGCCGACUAUGGUGAAUACACCUGCCGCGUCGUCAAUUCCCUGGACACCAUACGUGCACCUAUACGUCUGCAGCAGAAGGGUCCACCGGAGAAGCCCACCAAUCUACGCGCUGUUGAGGUCGGACACAACUUUGUUACACUCAGCUGGGAUCCAGGCUUUGAUGGCGGUUUGAGCAAGACCAAGUUCUUUAUCAACUAUAGACGCGUUGCCAUGCCUAGGGAAGAGCAACUGAUACCCGAUUGUGCUACCAUGGCUAAUGCCAACUCCGACUGGGUUGAGGUCGACUGCCAUCGCGACAUUCCCUGCAAGGUUAGCUCACUCGAUCAGCAUCAGAGUUAUGCGUUCAAGGUUAAGGCUCUAAACCCCAAGAGCGUCUCUCCGUUUUCCAAUGAAAUUACCACUACCACCAAAGUCAGUCGCAUUCCUCAACCACUGCAAGUUACCUACGAACCCAGUACACGCACCUUGGGCAUUGAUGUGGGCGCCACCUGCCUCAAUCUCAUUGCUGUCGUUGAAACUAUGCUGCAUAGCGAAACGCCCAUGGCUGCCUGGGAAGUGGUCGAAACCCUCGAGAAUCUGCAACUAUCCGGCAAUGGACCUACGCAUAAAGAGAAGGUCAUUGAGCGCUUGAAUUCGCCACGACGCAGCGGCGGCGGUCGUGCCUUGGGUCACACUAUCGACGGCGAUGAUGAAGAUAUGGGCGCUCUGAACAAUCUAUCAGGUGAUCAGGAUGAGAACAGCCCCACAGUAAGGGUGAAGCUCUGUCUGCGCAACAAUCACGAACACUGCGGCGAUUACACAGAUGCUGAAAUUGGACGUCCGUAUAUCGCCGAAGCGAGCGCCCUUGCCACGCCCACACUGAUUGCCAUAAUCGUAUCAUGCAUUGUGUUUGCGCUGUUCGCCGGCCUGCUGCUCAUGUUCUGCCGCUGCAAGCGCAAUCAGUCGAAGAAGAGCGCCGCCGCCAAGGACUACGAAAUGGACUCGGUGCGACCAUCGAUUGUGGCCGCCCAGCAAAAUCAAGCCCCACCGCCCUACUACCCAGCCAGCGGACUUGACAACAAGGCCCUCGAGCACUCGAUGGACCUCGCACUCAGCAUGGAGGAGCAAAAGACUGCUCUGUAUGCUACACAGAAUGGCUACAGCUAUCAUCCAGGCAGCGGUGUUGUUGGCGUUGGCGGCGGUGUCGUUGGCGUGGGCGGCGGCGUUGGCAGCAUCGGAGGCGGCGGUGUCGUCGGCGUGACCGGCAUUCCCGGUUUGACAGGACACACGUUGCCAGGAAAUGAAUGGGUCAACAUGGGCUACAUGGAGAACAAUUAUUCCAACUCGAACAAUGGCGGCAGCGUCAACUCACAGGACUCGCUCUGGCAGGUGAAAAUGUCGGCCGCCGCCGUUGGCAAUCAGCAAACACUCGUCACCGCCCCACACAAUCAAUAUGUGGAGCAGCAGCCCACCUAUGGCUACGAUCCCUUGACGCAUGGCGGCUAUGGCGCCGUCGAUGAUUACGCACCGUAUCCACACCUGACCGCCACGCCCAGUCAAGUGGGCGAUGAAUAUCACAACUUGCGCAACAGUCAAAAUCCGUCCCGACAAGACUACUGCAGCGAUCCCUAUGCCUCAGUGCAGAAGCCCAAAAAGCGUGUCGAUCAGCAUUUAGAUUCACCAUAUCACGACGUAAGCGGCCUGCCGAAUCCCUACAACAUGGAGCAUAUGGAACAGGACGAGGUGAUGCCGCCACAGCAGCACAUGUCCCUCAACUACGACGACAGCUUCGAGGGUGAAUACUCAACAACGCCCAAUGCCCGAAAUCGCCGUGUCAUACGUGAGAUAAUUGUCUAAAACAACAACAGCAACAACAACAACACAGCAACAACUCAACAACAGCAACA